CGGAACAUUGGACAGUGUACAAACCGGGAAAUCAUUUCAGCAGAGCUGGAAAAGUGAUUGGUUUCUGCUGUAUCAUCGCCAUUGCUGGCAUUAUAUCGCGCGUGUACACACCAAUACCAGUGUGAUUGCGCAUACCGUGGAUAGUGUGGUGAAGUGCCGUUGGCCGACUCAUAAUCGCAGCUAUUCUUUGCGCGUGAUCAUCCGAUUGAGGAGGAGCCGCCAUCCUCGUCGCACUUACAACUCAUUCGCAUACAGUGCGAUUCAACGACCACCGACGACUGUGUGUGGUAGUGUGCGACACACAUUCAAUUGUGCCGAGCGCGAUCAACCGAUUGGGAAGCAAGCAUCGGUUGCCAGUUUAUCUGCACUGGUGUACAAUUGGCAUUGUAGUGGAGUGAAGUUUCGAUCAUUUUUUGUGUGUGUAGAAAAGUGCUGCAGAGAGCCGAAAAAGAAAAAAAAAGAUGUUUUCGUGAAAGUGUGUUGUCUCUCGUCAUCGUUGCUGCGAAACGCCACCACCGAAAAUUCAUGAAACAGUGUCUUCGUUUUGGGAAGAAAGCGUUGCAACCUAAUUCUACCGUCACCAUAAAUCAUCCUGCAUCGCCCUCUAAGUUUCGGCAGGCGCCACUUGCCAGUCACUACUGUUACUACUACAACUAGUCUUCUGGUAAACGGACGGAGUUAAAUCUACAACGAAAUGAAGAUCUCACUGCUCAUCAUAUGCCUGCUCCCGUUAUUGGUGCACCCAAAACCGACCUCAACCCCUGUGGAACCCAUCGAUAACGUCUCAGUCGAAGAUGUCGAACGGGUCGAUUUAGCCAGGCCGAAGCGCUCAGGAUUUAAUCUCGUGUCUGGUAUCAAAAAUACACUGCUAUCGGGAUUUGGACGAGCCUCGGCCUCACUAGCGGCCAGUAGCAGCGGGUCUGCUUCCUCAUCCGUCGCUAUGCACUCUUCCAGUGGGGGGUCUACUGGGGGAUCAAGUGGGGGACACUCGUACGAAAAGCCUCACGAGGAGGAACAUUUUGACGGUUGGAGUUUGAAGAAAUCCAUCCUCAACACAUUGUUCCAGGCGGUGAAAGCUAUCACCGGUGGAGUCACCAUCCUCAAAGGUCAGCUCAUCAAGGGCUCAGGAUAUGCGGUCAGUGGACUCGGUAAAGUUAUUGCCUCCAGUGGAGAUGCCGUCUCGAACGUAGGCAAGAAAAUCACAUCAUCCGCCCAGCUGGUGCCGUCUCCCCACGGAUCCUCUCACUCGAUUCAUCCGUUUGCGAAGCUAAGUGGCUCGCUUUCGUCCGGCUCGGCCGGUUUGGUUUCCGGUGCGUCAUCGUCUUCGUCCUCAUCCGGACACCACACAGGACCCUCGAGCGAAAGUUUUACUAGUUUCGAAACCCACAAUAACUACGGACAUCAAUCUCACAGCUCUGUUAGUGCUCCAUCGGCUGCCGCUUACAUACCACCGAAGCCAUCGUCUCAUUACAAAGCCCAACUCACAUCCUAUGGCUCCGACAUAGAGUCUGAUGAUUUCUCAACAGACUCUCACUUCCUGCCGACACCGGGCAAAUCUAACGUUGAAGAAGCGUCUGACGUACUGAGGCAAAUUUUGAAUCAGAAAGUUCCACGAUCCGGGCACAAAUAUAACAGCUACCAACAACCAACGGGACCAGUAGAUUACGAGCAGAAGAAGGUCAUCUCCCAAUACGAUAUCCCAAAUGAUCCCUAUCCUCCACCAUUCAAGCCACUCAAGGGCAACAAUUUGUCACCGCUCUAUGGUCUCCCCCAUGGUCACAUCGAGUCGGUAACUCACUCCCAAUCGAUUAUUACCUCGUUUGCAUCCCCGCUGAAUGCAGUUCAUGCUGAUAGCGAACCCCAUUACCCACCUGCCCACGAUAUCUACCGAACGAUGGCCAUCAAACUGUCCGGUAACGAUGAUUACGCCAAAAUAAUUGUGGGUUAACACAGCAUCGAAUAAACCCUAGCAACAUUACCUAAACAACAUCUUCAACGAUUACCAAUACUCAACCACGUGGAAUUCAUGCUUUGGACAUAUUAUUCACUCGGUCAAGGCUCGUUUGUCAGCCAACAUGUUAGCCGGAACUGGACCUACGGUUUGAGCUUCUUCGAUCGUUUGGAUAGAUAUUCACCCUUGGAUUCCAACGAUUAAUAUCAUUCUGCGCUUCAAAUUGCUCAACUAUGCAUCGUUUAUGAGAUUGAAAAAUGGAUGUGAUGUUUGUGUCGAGUUAUGCAUAAUUGCAAUAUCAGCGAGAAAAUGCCAGCUCGAAAUUAUUUUUAUUCUCGCAACUAUUUCUAACUGUAGAGACGGGUGGGUCAAAAACGCUCUGUAGAGUAAUAGUUAUUUAAUUGUAGUUUUAACUGUAAACUAGCUAAUUUGUCCAUUGUCUGUAGAGUUACCGUUAGGUGGAUACGUGAUGCUUUUCGCAGCAAGCAACCGA